AUGAGUAACCAGGACGGCCGCUCCCAGGCUGGUUCUCCGUCCAAUGAGGGCGCCCGAGCCCGGAGGGAGUUCCGGCCCAUGGACGCGAUCCUUGUUGACCGUGCUCCUCUAACUGAGGAGGAGAAGGAAGCUCGAAAAGCCCGUGGCUUUUCGGAGAAUUAUAUGGGGGACUACAACAAUGAGAGGAACAAGUCCGCGGACAUCCCGGACGACCAGAAUUGUUCCCUGUACAUUACAGGGCUCCCACUCAACGUCACAGUGCGGGAUAUCUUCGACGAUAUCCGCGACAUCGGCAAAGUGUACUCGCUGCACAUCUCACCGAGGAGUGACAGUCACUCGAAGGCUGCUGCCGCCGUUGUUUUCUUUACUCGAGCCGCUGCGGAGCGGUUCUACAACCGUUUUAAGACAAGAGACAAUCCGACUGUCCGCUGGGGCGGUGCGGUCGCCAACCCAGGCCGCAUCCUGGGUCGAAUGCCUGUGAAUGUAGUCUGGAACCAGGUAAAGGCCGCACCUUUUACUGAGCGAGAACACGUUACACGGGUCAUACAAGUUGAGGGCCCUUCCGAUAUCGUGAAUGAGCAAUUUCUCCUGUCGUAUUUUCGGACCAAGUGCCGAUUCGAUAUGGAGGAUAUCUCAGUCCUUUGGGAAGGCUUCUGCGACGUACCUGUGAGCGGAGGACAACCUCCCGCUCCCUCAGCUGCUUCCGUUCACGCCGAGCCACCUGCUCAGGCCCCGGCAAGACGCCAGGGUCGAGCUCUCGCAUCGACUAACUGGCGUGAGCGUGCUCACCCAGUCACUGCUGAGCCUGAGGCAGAACCUCAGGAAAAUGCUGCUGUUCCCACCACUCGCACACACAGCAGAAUUAUGGAGUUCCGGUUCGGGACCGUCAAGGGCCAGGCACUGGCCUGUAGGAUGGCCUUGGACUGGGAGUUCAAGGAGAGAGGGGUCAUGUGCCGUUAUGGCCAAGACCCUUGCGGCCCUUGA